CUAUAUUUUAAUAAUGGAAGGGAAAUGAAAUGCAAAGGAAUGAGUGUUUGGCACUGUGUAAACAGCUUGCGGUGGUUCUUCAUAGUUGAAGUUGGCGCUAGCUCUGAACACUUCAGCUCAGCUGGCUACUAGUGCUAAGUGCUUUAGCUAUUCAGCUAAGUUCACCUCAGAGUGUUAGCAAAAAGUCAAGUCUCAAGUGUUUGUUUUAGGUUUGCGGUAGCGUUUUUUUCCCCCUCCAACUCACGCUAAAUCUUGUGAUUUAUUUAUUUAUGUUUCAGGUACUACAGGAAUGCCAGUCUGAGUAUGUUGCUGAAGAGGAAAGCGAUGACUUUCCUGACGGGGACCCAUCUACUGAUGUGAAUUCAACAGAAGAUCAGCACAGUGACUUUUCCGUUCAAGUGUGUCUGAGGCCACCAACAAGGACGGUGGCUAUGCAGUUCAAAGGAAGGGGACGGACUAAAGGUGUGCAGGCUACUACAUCAAUGGUCACUGUUGGGACUCAGACUGAGGAUGACUGCUUUUGCUUUCACAACACCGACAACUCAACCUCUUGUGGCUCUGACUCAGAUGACAACAUGUCGACAGAUGAUCCCGACUACAAGCUGCCGUCCUCUGAUGAUUCAGCUGAAGAGAGUCCUGAACACAAUACUCCACCAGUGCCGCCACCUGAGGCGCCAGCAGGUAGCGUUUUUCUUGUGUUCUGGGAAUGCCUGGUGACGCUGUUGUCAACAUGGUGCAGCUGUGGACUUUGUGGGAGCAGGUCACUGUCCUGGCAGUGUAAAGAAGUAGGAACACAGUUGCAGGUCACCAUCCAGUGCGGGGGAUGUGGGAACCAAGGACUAUGGAACAGUCAACCUUUCUUCGGCAGAACAGCAGCUGGGAAUGUGUUGUUGUCCGCUGCCAUUCUCUUCAGUGGGGCCACUGUCACCAAGGUGCUGCGUGUCCUAUCCAGAUUGGGCGUUGCUGUGAUGUCGGAAAGAUCGUUCUUCAGACAUCAGGACCAGGUGCUUUUCAAAGCUGUGAAGCGAGUUUGGGGCGAGCAGCAGUUUGCCAUGCUCUGUCUGCUACAGGCAGAAGGGGAACCCAUCGUGUGUGGUGGUGACGGGCGUGCCGACACCCCAGGGCAUUGCGCUAAGUACGGCACCUACUCAACAAUGGAGCUCCGGAAAACAGCUGUUAUUGACGUACAACUUGUACAGAGCAAUGAGGUUGGAGGGUCCUACCACAUGGAGAAAGUGGGACUGCAGCGAUCCCUUGAGAAAGUCCAGGGCUUUGUGGAUGUCGGAACUCUCGUGACAGACAGACACAUAGGCAUCAACAUGAUGAUUAGAGAGGACCAUCCAGACAUCACGCACCAGUUUGACAUAUGGCAUGUAGCCAAGAGUGUCAAGAAGAAGCUGCAGAGCCUUGGACAAACUAGAGGUUGCCAGGACCUCAAACCCUGGGUGGGAAGUAUUAUAAACCAUCUGUACUGGUCCGUGGUCUCGACGCCUCCUGGCAGUGGACAACUUGUGGUGGACAAAUGGACAUCAGUCAUCGAUCACAUCCACAACAGGCACACCGGGUUCGAGGGACUGUUCUCUUCUUGUGCGCACGGAGUCCUGGAAGGCAGGGAACAGCGUAAACCGUGGCUGAGUUGUCAUACGAAGGUGUCUAUUGAAGUGGAGAAGAUCAUCCGGAAACAAGAGGCUGUGUGCAGAUAUACAACGCCUGUCCCCGUCACACCAGACAUCCUACCUCGAAGCAUUCCAUAG